AUGGUGAAACACGGACGUGGGCGACCGAGAUCUAUGGUGCCACUGUCACCGGUGAACCAGCCACUGCCGGAGACACCACCGGUAGUGGAGACUGUGAAACAAACGGCGGAGAAGAGCACAAGUGAAAGCAAGCGUGCGAGGGACGAGGAAUUGGAGACGGACGAAGAUGAACGACCGAAAGUGAACCAACCUAUAACAGAAACCCUAAUUACGAAGGAAGUGCAAGCUACUCGGAAAUUGUGGGUGGAUGUUAUCAGUGAGAAUCGGAAUCCGGCAAAAGGUAUGUCGAUGGCAUAUAUUGCGCCAAAACUUGUUAAUGGUAAAGUGGAAAUUGAAAUUGAGCGCGAGGAUAUAAAGACUGAAAUUCAAUUCUUGGAAAAUGCUUUGAUUCUAUAUGUGAUGGGGGAGAAUCUCAGCAUGAACACGGUUAAGAACUACAUGAUGAAGUUUUGGAAUUUUGUGCAAACACCUGAUUUUUAUUACAAUGAGGAUGGGUAUUUUCUGGCAAGAUUCAAGACUUUUGAGGAAAGGGAAGCUGUAAUGAUGAAGGGAUCAUACACCAUCAAGAACAUGCCAAUGAUCCUGAAGGAAUGGUAUCUUGAUUUCAAUCUGAAACGGGACCUGAUGCGCACAAUCCCAAUAUGGAUCAAGUUGCCUCAACUACCCCUGCACCUCUGGGGUGUCAAGAGUUUGAAUAAGAUUGGUAGUGCCCUGGGAACCCCUUUGGUGACUGACGAAUGCACAGCCAGUAAAUUGUGUGUUUCCUAUGCAAGAAUCCUUGUUGAAGUUGAUAUUACCCAACCUAUGUUGCAGGAAAUAUCCAUCAAAGAUGUUGAAGGAAGGAUAAUUCAACAUUAA